AACCCACAAAUUUAAAUUUCUGUCUCUUUCUUCAACCCCCAUCUCUUUCUCUCUCUUCUUCCUCGAGUGUGAACUGUGCAGUGGCCGUCUCCUUACAGGACCACGACUUUCCGGCCACCGGUCGAAUCACCGGAUUCAUUUUAACUUCAAACUCGAACCAGAUAAUGCUCUGUACAUCUCUACGUACUCUGGUUUUCUUUUUUAUGCGGCUAUAAAUAUUUUCUUAAAUCGGAAAAAAGUUAGGGCUCGAAAUCAUCUUCGAUGGUAGCGGCAGAGAACAAUUCUUCACCGGCGGCGCUUUCCACUCCUUCCGGGGACGAAGCUGCGGUAUCUUCAUCGCCGGGAGUUCAAAUCGAGAUCGUCGGCGCCGUGGCUCCGCCGAAGAAGAAGAGGAAUCUUCCCGGCAUGCCAGAUCCGGACGCGGAGGUGAUCGCUCUAUCGCCGAAAUCGCUUCUGGCGACGAACCGCUUCGUGUGCGAGAUCUGCAACAAAGGAUUCCAGCGAGACCAGAAUCUGCAGCUCCACCGGCGCGGCCACAACUUGCCUUGGAAGCUCCGCCAGCGGACGAGCCAAGAGAUUCGGAAACGAGUGUACGUUUGUCCGGAGGCGUCUUGCGUUCACCACAAUCCGGCGAGGGCGCUGGGCGAUCUAACCGGCAUCAAAAAGCACUUCUCGAGGAAGCACGGCGAGAAGAAGUGGAAGUGCGAGCGGUGCUCCAAGAAGUACGCCGUGCAAUCGGAUUGGAAGGCGCACAUGAAAACCUGUGGAACCAGAGAGUACAAAUGCGAUUGCGGAACUUUGUUUUCUAGGAGGGAUAGCUUCAUCACGCAUCGGGCGUUCUGCGAUGCUUUGGCGGAGGAGAGCGGUCGGUCCCAGCCACGAACGAGAUUGUCGUUCGUAAGCUCGGAUUCCAAUGCACUGGCCGCCGCCGCGUCAGCCGCCGCUGUUGCUUCUUCGCCGCCUCCACCGCCCCUCACGCCAUUGGCUACUGUACUAUCUCCUGCUUUGUCCAUUCAAAGCUCAGAGCAACCGGACAACCCGAUCGGACCUCCGCCUUUAACACCGGCAGUCACAAGCAUAACUUCGGCCACCUCCAACGUAACCGACCCGAUCAACGGCGGUGGAAUCGGUGGCCGUACAAGCAUUUUUGCCGGUGUUUUUGCGUCUUCUCCUGCCG